AACCUGCUGAUUCAUUGCAAAUACAGUCAGUGCUGUAAUGUUCUGACUUUUUUCCAAUGAUGCUAAAUGCUUUUUUUGAUUAUUGAUUGAGUGGGUGGGUCAGGGUGCUGUUUACUGCAAAUUCUGACCAUCCCUGUGUCUGUAACAGGAAUAGUGUAUAUCCUGGGAGUUGUAGGUCACUUAGAGGAUCUUUAGAAUUUCUAAUCGAAGAAUAUAUUUGGGUUGCAUCUAAAUGCAAUAGAGAUAUUAUUCAAUCUUUCUAAUUCUUUGUAAUUUUGAUGUACCCCAAUGAUUUGAAAAUACCAUUGGUCUUUGAUUUUGGAAGUCAAUAGGAGUAUUGUUUGACAAGUUUCUUGAUAAUGAUGAAGGAUAGCCAUGUUUUAAAGUAACUUUUUUGAUGUAAUUUAGUUCAAAUAUUUUGUCUUUACUGUUGGAGAUGUGUGACUCUUUGACUGUGAAUCUGAAAGCCACCAGUUUAUAUGAAUAUGACUCUCUUGAUAUAGAUUGAAUAAACAACACAGUCUUGAUUCAAUGCAGCUUCUUUUAGGUUACAGCUUUUGUAUAUUUGCAUGACAUUUUUAUUAUAGAUAAAACAAAUACUGUUGAAUGAAAAAAUACUUAAUGUGUUCUUUGACUUUAAUUAUUUUAGAACUUAAAUGUAGCAUCUCUUAACCUAACCACUAACUGAAGGGUGAUAUUUAAUAUAAGAUGAUGAUAUCUUGAGAAAUAUUUUGAAAUGCUUUUAUAACAGGCCAGUAAAGUAAUGUUUGAUUAUUAUAGAUUAAAAACCCAAAGAUCCAGCAAUGGAUAUGAAUACAUUGUCUGCAAAGAGAGAGUUGUUCUUUCGUCAGGAUGGGCAACCAGUUUCUACUAGUAUUACAUCUAAUACAACUACAACAACUACAAGCACAACGAAUUCGGUGACGUUAAAAGAAUCUAUAUUCAAUAAAGAAAAAGAAAUUGUAAAAGACAUGUCACAUUCAAAGGAAUCAGAUGGUUAUGUUGGUUUUGCCAAUCUCCCAAAUCAAGUCUAUCGUAAAGCAGUCAAAAGAGGAUUUGAGUUUACAUUAAUGGUUGUAGGUGUGUAUUAUUUUUAAUUUCAUCUAUUCU